AUGGCGGCCGCCCCCCUCCACGCCACGCUGCGUGCCCUCGCCCGGAAAGGCGGGCGGGAGGUCGACGUGCUCCCCGCCUUCUGCCACUACGAGCCCGAGGCGGUGGCUGUCAUCGGGCCCGACAGCACCCGCCUGGCCCUCACCACAGCAGCCAUCCUCGGCGUCUUCCUCGUACCGGAGAUUAGCUACGAAGCCUCCUUGGAGACGCUGAGCCUGAAGCGGUUCUACCCCUCGUUCCUGCGCACCAUUCCCAGUGACAGGCAGCAAGUGAAGGCCAUCUUCCUGCUGCUGCAGCAGUUUGGGUGGACUUGGGUGGCUCUGCUGGGCAGCGACAACGCCUACGGCAGGGACGCCUUAGAUGCCCUCUACAAGCUGCUAACCUCAAGCAACACGUGCGUUGCCUACCGAGGCAUCAUCCCUGUCAACAAGGAUGCCAGCAGCCCUGAGCUCCACAACCUGGUCAGAAUCCUCAUGGACGUCAGGGUCAACGUCACCGUCGUCUUCUCCAACAGACAAAGUGCCCGCCCUUUCUUUGAGGUGGUGGUCCAGAGGAACGUCACAGGCAUGGUGUGGGUGGGCUCCGAAGACUGGUCGUUAGCCCAAACAAUCUGGCAGGUGCCUGGCAUCCAGAGUAUCGGCUCAGUGAUUGGGAUGUCGUUUGAGAAGACAGAAUCCGCGAUGCUGGAACGCUUUGAAUCUUGGAAGACAGCAGAGAAAAGCGCUGCAGCCGAACGUGCCAGCAGCACAGCGGCAGGCAGGGGAAUCGGAGGGAGCGCCCAGCUGGACUGUACCCAGCGCUGCACCGGCUGCCACACGCUCACCACUGCCCCCGACAUGUAUGAUGCUCAAGCCUCCUUCAGUGUGUACUCAGCCGUGUACGCUGUGGCCCAUGGCCUCCACGACCUGCUGGGCUGCGCCUCGGGGGCGUGCAGCAAAGGCACAGUCUAUCCCUGGCAGCUCCUGCAAAAAAUCAAGCAAGUAAACUUCACCCUGUACAAGAGCCACAUCUCUUUUGAUGCCAACGGGGACAUUCGUAAAGGCUACGCCAUCAUCAUGUGGAACUGGAGCGGCCCAAGCUGGGCUUUCGAUGUGAUAGGAACUUUCAGUGUGAAUCCCGACAGGCUCAGCGUUGACCAGAGCAAAAUCCUGUGGCACACAAAAGAUCGCCAGGCUCCCACCUCGGUGUGCUCUAAGCCCUGUCAGCCGGGGGAGAAGCGGCUGCUGCGGAGCCACCACCGAUGCUGCUUCAGCUGCGUGGCCUGUCCGUCAGGAACCUUCCUGAACAGAUCGGACCUCUACAGCUGCCAGUCCUGCGGGGUGGAUGAGUGGGCCCCGGCGAGGAGCGAAGCUUGCUUCAACCGCACUGUCGAGUUUCUGUCCUGGUCUGAGCCCAUCUCCUGGGCCCUGCUGACCCCCACCAUCCUCCUCAUGCUGCUGAUGGCAGGGCUGGCCGUCCUCUUUGCCCUGAAUGCCUCCACGCCGGUGGUGAAGUCUGCAGGCGGGAAGAUGUGCUUCCUCAUGCUGGGCUCUCUGGCCUGCGCCUGCAGCAGCCUCUUCUGCUAUUUUGGGGAGCCCACCCGGCACGCGUGCCUGCUGCGGCUCCCCCUCUUCACCAUCAGCUUCACCAUCUUCCUCUCGUGCGUGGCGACGCGCUCCUUCCAGCUCAUCUGCAUCUUCAAGCUGAACGCGCGCUGGCCGGCCCUCUACGAGGCCUGGCUGCGGCGCAGGGGGCCGCUGGCCUUCGGGGUGGGCGAAGGGCCCUGCUUGCCGCCGCCUGCUCCCAGCGCCUCGGUGUCCCCGGCCUGGACGGGGCUGUCCCCUCUGCCCCCCGGGCGGGGUUGCUCUGAGCUGGGGGGUUUGUGCGUCUCUGAAACCCACGGCGACUGUCCUGGGCUUCCGCGCUCCGGGGUCGGCGCCAGCCCGGCUCAAAAAGAAGGCACAGAGGGGCUCUUGCAGGGGCUGCGCCGGCUGCGGGGGGGCGAUGGCAAAUCGUUCUCUUCUGGGCUUCCAAAAUCAGCAGGGCUGUGGGGGAGUUGCCCCGGGUUGCGGGGAGCGCGCCGGCUCGGCCGAGUGCCACGAGGAGCUUCGGGGUUGGUGACCGAGAGCAAAGCGGGCGCCUGCAGAGAGGGCGCGAGCUCCAGCUUCGCUCCUCUGCAGGGGGCGAACCUCAGCCCUGCGAAACUGAGGUUUCGUGGAGUGGAAGCGGGCACCAACAGCCUGACCCUGCUCUGA